AUGGCGGGGGCCGGGGGCGCCAGGGCCGCGCUCUCCUCCCCGGGCGGCGGCGGGGGGCCGCUGGGGCUGGAGCUGGAGCGGAUCCAGGAGCCCGCGGGCGGGCCCUACUCGCCGCCGCCUUCCUCCUGCUCGCGGCAGGCCUGGAGCCGGGACAACCCGGGCUUCGAGCCGGAGGAGGCGGCGGCGGGGCCGGUGCUGCAGAUGGAGAUGGACGUGGAGUGGGGCAGCCGCGGGGCCGGCUCCUCCCCCGGCGCCAGCAGCGCCCGGGGCCCGGCCGGGGAGCCUGACAGCGGCCGGCGGCGGCGCCGGCGGGGGGAACGCGGCGUGGGGGCGGCUCCGUGUCCCAGCCCCGCCGGGGGGGACCCGCUGGCCCCACACCUGCCCCUGGACGGGGCCCCUCCGUCCCAUCGCACAGCCUGGGCCAAGAGGCUGGCGCGCCGCUUGCGAGGUCUGUGGGGUACAAGAUUGAUGGAAGAAAACACGAGCAGAGAGAGAUACCUGAAAAGUGUUUUACGAGAACUGAUCACAUAUGUGAUUUUCCUUGUGGUCUUGUGUGUCUUGACUUAUGGGAUGGUGAGUUCCAGUAUGUACUAUUACACUAGGGUAAUGUCACAGCUCUUCCUGGAAACGCCUUUAUCGAAAAUGGAGAAAACCAAUUUCAAAACCUUAUCCACCAUGGAGGACUUCUGGAAGUUCACAGAAGGCCCUUUGCUGGAUGGUCUGUACUGGGAGAUGUGGUACAACAAUAAAACCAUGGCAGAAAACAAAAGUUUCAUUUAUUACGAGAAUCUGCUUUUGGGGGUGCCUCGUGUUCGGCAGGUGAAAGUGAGAAAUGGGUCAUGCUCAAUACCUGAGGAUUUAAAAGAUGAAAUUAAAGAAUGCUAUGAUGUUUAUUCUGUUGCUAAUGAAGAUACUGCUCCUUUUGGGCUCCGGAAUGGAACAGCUUGGACUUACACCAAUGAACAAGAUUUGAAUGGGAGCAGCCACUGGGGGUUGAUUGCCUCAUACAGUGGGGCUGGUUAUUAUCAGGAUCUGUCACGAAGCAGAGAGGAGACAGCCGCACAGAUUGCUAACCUUAAGAAACACUUGUGGCUGGAUAGAGGGACCAGAGCAGCCUUUAUUGAUUUCUCUGUGUACAAUGCGAACAUCAAUCUAUUCUGUAUUGUCAGGUUAUUAGUGGAGUUUCCAGCAACUGGAGGCCUCAUUACAUCUUGGCAGUUUCAGCCAGUGAAGCUUAUCCACUACAUUUCUACUUUUGAUUUCUUCCUGGCAGCCUGUGAAAUAGCCUUUUGUCUCUUCACCCUUUAUUAUAUUGUAGAAGAGAUCUUGGAAAUUCGCAUCCAUAAACUGCAUUACUUCAGGAGUCUCUGGAAUUGUCUUGAUAUCCUCAUCAUUGUGCUAUCAGUAGCAGCUAUAGGAAUUAACAUGUAUAGAAGGUCAACAGUGGACAUGUUACUGAAGAAGCAGCUGGAAGAUCAAAACGCUUUCCCCAAUUUUGAACCUUUGGCAUACUGGCAAAUACAAUUCAACAACAUUGCUGCUGUCACUGUGUUUUUUGUCUGGAUUAAGCUCUUCAAAUUUGUCAGCUUCAACAGAACAAUGAACCAGUUAUCCACCACCAUGUCUCGCUGUGCCAAAGAGGUCAUUGGCUUUGCUAUUAUGUUUUUCAUUAUUUUCUUAGCAUAUGCUCAGCUGGCCUACCUGGUGUUUGGCACUCAAGUUGAUGACUUCAGCACUUUCCAAGAGUGUGUCUUUACUCAGUUCCGCAUCAUUUUGGGAGACUUUAACUUUACAGAGAUUGAAGAAGCUAACAGAAUUUUGGGACCAAUUUAUUUCACUACUUUUGUGUUCUUUAUGUUCUUCAUUCUUUUGAACAUGUUUUUGGCCAUUAUCAAUGAUACUUAUUCAGAGGUCAAAUCAGAUAUGGCCCAGCAGAAGGCGGAAAUGGAACUGUCCGAUCUUAUCAAAAAGGGAUAUAAUAAAGCCAUGAUUAAACUUAAAUUGAAAAAAACCACUGUUGAUGACAUUUCAGAGAACUUGCGACAAGGUGGGGGAAAGUUAAACUUUGAUGAACUACGCCAGGAUCUCAAGGGGAAGGGUCACACGGAUGCAGAGAUUGAAGCAAUAUUUACUAAGUAUGACCAGGAUGGGGAUCAGGAAUUGACAGAACACGAACAUCAGCAAAUGAGAGAUGAUCUAGAGAAAGAAAGGGAGGAUUUGGAUCUGGACAGGAGCUCUCUACCACGUCCAAUGAGUGGUCGAAGCUUCCCUCGCAGUCUGGAUGACUCUGAAGAGGACGAUGAUGAGGACAGUGGACACAGCUCUAGAAGAAGAGGUAGCAGCUCCAGUGGGGUUUCAUAUGAAGAGUUCCAAGUGUUGGUGAGACGAGUGGAUCGCAUGGAACAUUCCAUAGGCAGUAUUGUUUCCAAAAUUGAUGCUGUUAUUGUAAAGCUUGAGGCAAUGGAGCGGGCCAAACUGAAAAGGAGAGAUGUGUUGGGAAGACUGCUAGAUGGAGUUACAGAGGAUGAAAGAUUGGGACGUGACAAUGAAAUCCACAGGGAACAAAUGGAGAGGUUAGUGCGGGAGGAACUGGAGCGUUGGGAAUCGGAUGACACAGCUUCCCAAAUGAGCCACCGCUUGGGAACGCCACUUGGACUGAAUAGCCAGCCUCGUUCUAGGAAUUCCCGUCCAUCCUCCUCUCAGUCAACAGAAGGCACUGAUGGAAGUGGAGGAGGGAAUGGCGGGAGCAACAUCCAUGUGUAA